UGGGUUCGUAUUGCAGCUUCGAUGAGAGCACAUUCACCGCCCGCGCGAUCUUUUUCCGCCGGCUUAGUACACACGCCAGCCUAUAAAGCUGUUGGGUUCGUCUCAAAUUAAGUAAUAGUGUUCUUUAAUUUGGAAAACUACAACAGUGACAGUAACGAGAACGUGGCAAAACAUUGUAAUAAACAAAGAGCCCAGUUGCUCAUAAGAAGGAUAACACUAUCCAAAGGGUAAAUCGCUAUCCAUGCAGCAGAUAAGUUUUAAUAAAACGUACUGCGCCAUUCACCGGAGAGAUUUAUCCGCUUAAGUAGCGUUGUCCUGAUUCGUACGACCGCAAUCUGAGCAAUAGCUCGGCUCAUGCGUUUUUAAAUUUUGUGAAUAUCCUGAGGUCUUCUGCAAAACAGCAUCGUUAAUUUACCGAUAUUUGCAUGGUUUGCGAACGGGAACCCCCACGGGAAACUAUGGAACUCAACACUGGCCGCACCGUGAUACCCUGAAGUUGCAGAUUGGUUUCCCCAGGCACAGUUGAAACUGCGACCAGCGUUGUUAAAACACAUCCGGCCUUUCGCAAAAUUCUCUAGAAAAAUUUGUAAUCAUUUUUCAGCUCUCAAUCACAGUUUUACAAGCAACUUCAAGUGCCGGCUCAUGGAUUUGCUUUUCGUUAAAAAGCGGAAAUGUUUGUCCCAGCAACGGUCAGUUUAAUUUCACGCGGCCGCUGAUGCGCUCUAGAUUAUCAGUUGCGCAUUGCAUUAUGGGUAAGAGAACACCGUGAAUACAAGAUGGCGUCCAUGAAUGACCGUCAAAAAUCAGUUGAAGACAAGAAGCAAGAACUGCUCCGUCGCAUUGCGGAGAAAAAGAAAACUGAGCAAGAAAAACCGCCACCCCUUCCUCCCUCGAGCGAUGGGAAUACACCGACGGCUCCCCGGGCGGGUCCAAUGUUUCUGAACGAUGGCAAUUUCCUAGCUCGCUUUCAAGCGAUGCAACAACAAAAUACAUGUAGUCCUUCUUCUUCAACCGCAACUAUUGCAGGCCCAGAAUCUCGUCCCACUGUAAGCAUGAAGCUAACUACAGUCAAAAAACCUACGCCAGUUAAACCUGUGUCCGCAAGACCCGAGGUAUUCGAGGAUCCAGAAGAAGUGGAAGAAAAUGUUCCCCCACCAGAGGAUAAAGAAAUGCUUGAAAGCAUUGAAGUUCUGGCAGCCAGAGUCGUGCGAGGAGGUGACCAGGUGGAAGGUAUUGCUAUACAAAACAACUCAAACAACCCAAAUUAUAGGUUUUUGUUUGAUGUCAAUAGUCAAGGUCACAAAUACUACAAAAAUCUAGUUAAAUGUUUAAGACCUAUGGGACAAGGAGCUAGCAAAGGUGUCGAAAGUGAAAGUAAUGCAAGCAGUGGAAUGCAAAAGAGGAAAAGGAAAAGUAGGUGGGAUCCAAACCCUCCGAAAUCAGCUGGCUCAUCAUCAUCAUCAUCUUCUACCAGUGAUGCGGCAGUUGCUGCUGCUUUGGCUGUGGCAGCAGAAAUUGAGCACAGCAUACCAAUGAGUAAUAAAGAGGAGGAAGAACGACAGAAACAGAUUAAAGAACAGCAAGAGAUUCAAGAGAUGUACAUGAGAAUAUUAGCUCAACGUACAGCUGGUCAGGCUAGUGCAGCAGUAAAGCAAGACAAAGAAAAACCAAAAUAUGAGUAUGACUCAGAUGAGGACAUAGAAGGUGGCACAUGGGAACAUAAAAGAAGAAAAAAGGAGAUGAGUAAAACAAUAGACAAAGCCCAAGAACUUACUGAAAAAGGAAAGGGAAAGCAUCAUCUUGGUGACUUCCUUCCUCCAGAAGAACUGAAAAAGUUUACAGCCAAAGUCAAAGCUAUAAAAGGAGAGUCAUCAUUGGACAGCUUUGAUUUCUCUGACUAUGCUGAGCAUAAGAUAACAGAGAGUAACAUUGGGUACAAAAUGCUACAACAAGCUGGAUGGAAGGAAGGGAUGGGACUUGGAUCUCAAGGACAGGGGAUCACAGCACCUGUGAAUAGGGGUCGUGCACCAGAGGAUAUUGGAGGUCUGGGUGAAGACAAGCCUGGUGAAAUAAACAAGGAGGAUGAUGAGUUUGACUUGUAUCGAAAGAGGAUGAUGUUAGCAUACAGAUUUAGACCCAAUCCUUUAAAUAAUCCCAGAAGACCAUACUAUUAGAUCAUGGAAGACUCCUAGGCCAGUUAUUUAAACAACGUUUAGCCAUUGUUUAACAGAACUGUGUUCUAAGCAAUCUUGAAUUUAGCUGAAUAGUUUAUUUGAAAAUUCAUUUUUGUGAACAGUGUCAAGAGGGCCAAAGCUAGCAGUGGAAGGGCAUUUAGUUAAAUGAAAAAACCCCUCAUAUAGGGAAUAUGUAAGGCCCACUGCUUGUGUAAAUCCGUGGUCUGGGUUAGACCUUGUGUAAAUAAACGGCCCUUAAAGUUUGUAUUUCACUUUAAAAAAAAAAAAAAGAAAAAGCAUUAUUGUACAGUAUUAGAUAAUUGAUGUUGAAUGGGUCUGUUGCAGCAGUUGGUCAUGUGACCAAUUAUUGUCAAACUUUCUGAUGUAAGUAUAGAAAUUCAAGAUACUUUAGGAAAAAAGUUCAUUCAGGCAGAAUGCAGAUCUUUAUGCAAAAUCCACUGAAGUUAAGUUGUACUCAACAAGUAAACAAUAAACGUGCAGUCCUUCUUUAUGCUCA